AUGCACGGUGAUUCUUCCGAAUCCGAAACAUCGCGAACUCAACAGAAAAAAGAAAUAGAGACAAAGAACUGGAAAGUGAAUCUCAGUCCGCCUCGACCAGCUCCGAUUCCAACUCCACCAGCUCCGAUUCCAUCUCCACCAGCCCCGAUUCCAACUCCACCAGCUUCGAUUCCACCUCCACCAGCUCCGAUUUCACCUCGACCAGCUCCGAUCCCGCCUCUCGGAUCCCAGAGCUCCGGAUCCCAGAGCUCCGGGUCCCAGAGCCCCAGCUCUCCAGCUGAUGCUGGAGAACGGACUGAUUCUCACUGUUUCUCUCUUCCCUUAUAUGCAAACAAUCCUGGGCGAUCCUUAUCUCUUUGCUCCAUUUUUUCACUUUUUUUAUAA